AUGUUCUCGAAGCUCUCCCAGAUCGUUACGUCCGUGCCAGGUUCUGCCAGCGCCUCCGAAGAAGAACGAUCGCCCGCGAAUACAAGGCGGGAGCAGGCGCGGCUCCGACAGCGACCUUCGCCGGUGGACUAUGUGGUGCUGCACCCAGCCUCAGACGACGAGAGCACCGAGUCGACGCGGCCGCGCAGACCACCACCCAUCCCAAACCCGUCGGGCCCGCCGAAUAUAUCCUGGAUCAGCGACCCCUCGCGCCUCACGCACGCCGCCAGCGCGCCGAUCAUUGGCCGCUCCGCCUCCUCCCCUCUCGCCCGCGCCGCACAGACUCCAAGCCCGAGUCCCAUUCAAGGGAGGACGUACAGCACGCACCUGCAGGCGCGGAGCACGCACUCGCUGCGGCUAGACUACCGCCGCGUCUCGCCCAUCUCCACCGCGAACCCGUUCGUCACCCCGCCGCAGUCGCUCUCGCCCAUCCGCGAGCAGCGCUCGCCCGAGCUGCGCCCCGUACGCCUCACGCCCAUCAGCCCCACACGCGAGGUGGACGUGACAGAGGACUUUGGCGCCCGCAACUCCCCCGCAGCCUCCUACCACUCCUCCUCGUACUUCAUCUCCCGCCCCCUCAAGCGCUCCAUCAGCCAGAGCUCCGCGAACACCUUCGGCUCCUCCGUCUCCGCCGUCGCGCCGUCCAUCCCGCCGGUGGACCUGCGCCCGCCCUUCUCCGUCCCAUAUACGGCGCGCUCGGGCCCGCUUCCGACCAUCGCGGCGAGCGUGCACCGCGGCUCGGAGGAGGACGGCGACCGCGACAGCACCGCGAGCUUCGUCACCGCGCCGACGGUGUACACUUACGCGAGCUCGACGCCGUCGCUGCUUACCCGAGCGGACAAGGAGGGGGAAGACGAGGAAGAUGAUAUCGGGACGGUGCGCGACCGCCACUCGGGCCAGCGAAACUCCGCCGUGCGCUCGAGCGUGGUCUCCUCCGACCCGCAGCGCGGCUUGUACCACCUCAGCCUCGUCGCGCAGCCCAGCACGACGAGCUUCCAGUCCUCCCUGCUUCGCCCUCCUUCCCCGCGCCAUCACUCCUCGUCCCUCCGCGCACCAUCGCCGACGCCCUCAGCGCAGACGGGCACGGGCCGAUCCGUGACCGAGGACCCCUCGCGCUCGUCGCUUUUCAUCGACAAGCGGUGGCAUGAUUGCAAGGACGCGUCCUACAGUAGUACACACGUCGAAAUUGCCCCACCACUGGCCAAAUGCAAUUCGCUAGAAAGGAGGGCGCCUAGGAUGUUGUUUUAUCUUGGCUUCGUGCUCGGCCCGUGGUGCUGGCUCAUCGGCGGGUGGCUGCUCGAGAGCUACGGCGACUUGCGCAUAGCCGCGAAGGAGAAGGGGAAACAAUCGGGGGACCUGGAAGGGCAGCAUACUCGCCAAGAGAAGGCUGACAAGAACAAGGACCACGACGGAGCCAAGUUGCGUGGGAAGGAGAACGGGAAGCGCUACCUCCCGCUCUGGCUCCGCUCCGCCUCGAAAUCGACGCCGAAGCUGAAAGUGUACCCCAUCUUCGCACCACCCGCCGACAGUGCGAUAUUCCUGAACUUGGAGAGGGAGGCUGGGGCGUUCAAGGAGGGAAGCCCGCGCGCCCGACUACAUCGCCUUUCCGCCCUCACGAAUGCGGACGCAGACACCUGGGUGCGCCGGUGCCGCGUCGCGGCUGUUGUGAGCGCUGCUUUCCGUUCCCCUGGCGAGGAACUGUAUCUGAAGGGUGUGUAUACCUGCAUGAUCCCUUCUUAG